UUGAUACUCACGAAAAUGGUUCAUGGCAGAAGAGUAUUGCGGUCGGAUCCAUCGUCGAGACGGUCGAUGCUGGCAUGCAAUCGCUGCAGGGGCCGGAAAACAAGAUGUUGGGGUCGUCCACCCGAGCCGUGCGCAGCAUGCGUAGAUGUAGGCGAGUCUUGUGUUUACUCGGAGGCGGAGAAGCGUGUAUCAAUUACUGAAAGUUACUACCGACAUCUACAGUCGCAAGCUCGAAGUUCCAGUAAUUUAGACAGCCAUUCAACCCCGAGUGUAUCACAAAGCGAUCCGCCUUUGGAACGGGAUGACUGGUGGUAUAAAGGGACAGACCUCUUUGUCAAAAAGUCCGGCGAACAUCACUUUGUGGGAGCAUCUUCAACGACUCAUCUAGCAAAGCGUCUUCUCAACCCAAGCUCAACGAAUUUGUGGGAUACGCACCCGCUAUACGAGCCGGAGUCUCUACGGAGGCCCGUUGAAAGGUCUCUGCCACCAUUACCCCCGUUUGAAUCCGCCAAACGACUCUUCUGGGUGCAUUAUAGCUACAUUGGCACUAUUUUUUCACUUUUAAAGCCCUCGGAAUUUGACGAAAGGCUUGACUUUGUCUACCACAAACCACCCGACUUUUCUCACCGAGAAUCAUGUCUAGUAUACUGCCAAGUUUUGCUUGUCAUUGCAUUUGGCUUGCUGUAUUCGGUCAACCAAUGGUCCGGUGACGAUGCGCCCCCAGGUUUCAAAUUCUUCAAAAAAUCUUUGAAUUUUUUGCCUGAUAUCCACGAAGACCCAUCAAUCUUACAUGUCGAAGUUUUAUGUUAUAUUGCAUACUACCUGCAGAAUUUAAACCGAAGAGAUGCCGCCUUUCUCUAUAUUGGACUUGCCUUGCGUAUGGCCAUAUCUCUUGGUCUCCACCAGGAAGUCCCUCACGAAGACAUCAGCGAGGCCGAUCGAAAUCGGCGGAGGCGGGCUUGGUGGUCGGUUUACAGCUUGGAUAGGUUACUAUCGGUCAAGUCCGGGAACCCAAUCACCAUUCAUGACGAGGAUAUUGAUACCACGUGGCCGACGCCGGACGGUACCUCAGAUCCAUGGCCAUCUAUCGUGUUGACACAUUACACACAACUCUCCCGUAUACUAGGAAGGAUUGGCGAGGAGAUUUAUCGCAAAAAGCCUCGAUCCGGCUCAAGUCUUAUAAUGUCCGUGCAAAGCAUCACCAACGAUCUCUCAAGCUGGCUCCGACAGGCACCGGAUCGUCUCCGUAUUGAUUUCGCUACCCUUGAUACCCACGUCAAUCGCGAGACGGUAUCUAUUAACUUGCACUUUUAUUCGUGUAUCAACAUGACUGCACGUCCGCUUGUAUUCUAUAUUAUUCAACGCCGGCUUGAUGCCGGAUUGCUUGGGGGCACCGAGGACUGGAAGGAAGGUCUGGCACCGAACACAAUCGCGGUGAUUGAGAAUUGCAUCACAGCAGCUAGAGCCACGACGUGGAUUAUGGAGGCCGCGUCAAAACAUAACUUGAUCGCUACAUAUGGCUAUCUCGAUGGCGAAUAUAUCUUUUCUGCCGCUCUGUUGCUCAUCAUGGUGAAUGCUGCAUUUCCACUCAAUGAAGGUAACGCCCGCACAAUGGAGACUGCUCUCAGUCUACUUCGCAGUAUGGCAGAUCGAGGGAAUACUUAUCUAUCUUCUCGCCACUCCUUGCUGCUAGAAUUGCGAGCAGCUAUAGAGCCUAAGUCUACAAGUGUGGCUGAUCAUAUCGCAUUACCUGCGAAUGACCCAACUACUCCCAGAAGCACCCUUCCGAGCCCAGAUCCACAGGAAGUGGUUGAUACUGUGCCUGCAGAGGCCUGGCUUCAUCCACCUGACCUACCUGCACUUCAAGAUAUGUCCUUCCAGUUUGACCUUAACGACGAUUCUGCGCUCUGGGAAGGUGCCUUGGGGCACAUUGAUAUGGAUGCGAAUUGGAUCGAGAAUACCCUGAGACGAUAA